GCGCGUGUGUGGGAGACGCGCGGGUGGAUCGUGCUGAGUUGAGAAGAGCGCACGGCGCGCGCACUCUGGGAUACUUCACUUGACAGCCAGCCUCCUUGUAUUCAAGCAUUUGUCGGGAUUAAGUAGCGGGGAAGGAGCAUUUCCCCUCUGUUGGUUUGUUGUAGACUUUGGAACGUUGUGCUAAUUGGUCCAUGUAGGUCUUCUUUGUAGACAAGCCAGGAUUUCGGACACUUUGGCCUAAGUGGAUUGAAGCAGGUGACACGAGAUGCUUUUGCCAUUUAAGUGAGCGAUUACAUUCAAAAGUUGACAACAGAGAUGUUUGAGCGACAUAUGCCCGUCUGCCCCAAAUCUUCACAUCUUCAAGAGGAUUUAAACAUUGCUCUUCUUAAGUAAACACAUCCCCACCCGAAAAAGUCAUCAAAAAUGGGAGCCCUAAAGAUAUUGUUCUUUUCACUUCUCCUGCACCAGUUGGUCGUCACUGAAAAAUCUAGACUUUGGGUAUCACCUACCAUCCGUUUUGGAGAGCCUGAAAAUUAUGACUUGAGAAACAGACUACGAAAUGUGCAAAAUGCCGCAUCCAGCAAAGUACGCGGGGGAACCUCAGAGUUGAUGGAGUGGGGGGACGGCACACACAAACUGUCGUCCCCCACGGGCGCCAGUCCUCGGAUCCUCAACCCUUUGCGUUUGUUCGCCAGGGCCUCCCCUGGGUUCAAGAGCGACGUGAGGGAAAUGUCCUACAUACAGAACAUGGAGGACUUCUGGGACUGGUUAUCUAACCAGACAGAUGUUCAGGAUCCCCAGGCCAGAACUAAACGCAGGCCCAUCGUCAAGACCGGCAAGUUCAAAAAGAUGUUCGGGUGGGGCGACUUCCACUCCAACAUCAAGACGGUCAAACUCAACCUGCUGAUCACGGGCAAGAUCGUGGACCACGGCAACGGCACCUUUAGCGUUUACUUCCGCCACAACUCCACGGGCCUGGGCAACGUGUCAGUCAGCCUGGUGCCGCCCUCCAAGGUGGUGGAGUUCGAGAUGGCCCAACAGUCCACGCUGGAGACCAAAGACACCAAGUCCUUCAAUUGCCGCAUCGAGUACGAGAAGACGGACCGCAACAAGAAGACGGCGCUGUGCAGUUUCGAUCCGUCCAAGGUUUGCUAUCAGGAGCAGACGCAGAGUCACGUGUCCUGGCUCUGCUCCAAGCCCUUCAAGGUCAUAUGCAUUUAUAUCGCCUUCUACAGUGUGGACUAUAAACUGGUGCAGAAGGUCUGCCCUGACUACAACUACCACAGUGACACGCCGUAUUCCUCCACGGGAUGACGUGGCUCACCUGUGUGUCUAUUUGUGUGUGUGUGCACUUGUGCACCUUUUGUUUGACCUUCAGAUCAUGCUUGUCAGCCUCUAAGCCAGUGGUGUCCAAAUAUUGUCCUCUGAGGGCCACAUACAGAAAAAUGGAGGCGUGCAACUUUAUUUAAAGACCCUGUAAAGUGAAUUCCGAAAUGAAUUAUGACUACACUAUAGUUUUGAAUUCAGUUGAUGAGAGCAUGUAGGCUACAAUAGGCUAUUUUAGAUUAAAAACAAACAAUUUUUUUUUUUUCUCUGGCCGUCGUUUCUCAGCUUCACUGGGGUAACUAAGAGGUCAAUUGCAUGUGAAGGGCACGUCUGAUAGCUAAUUAGGAUGUUGUCCAGAUGUGCAACCACAAGCGAAUGGAGACGCUCUCCACUUACAUCAUCAAACUACACUUAUGGAAUGAAACAAGUAUCAUUUAUCACCACGUCUUAUUAUUUGAGAUUUUUCUUAGUUCGAAAGCUUUUUAGCACAAAGGAGCUGUGAAUAAUAGACACACCCUGACAACCGGCGUUCAGUCUUUCUCUCUUAUCAAGGCAUUUAUUGAUGGACCGAGGUUAAUAUUAAGUGCUACCUCACAAAAGGAGGCGAGAGGAAUCAUUAAUCAUUAGCUCAUGUCACUCUACCCGCUUGCUAAAUGUCUAAUUGUGCUCUCAUUCUUCACCAACACCACCAUCAUCAUCAUUAUGGCGCACUCUGUUUUCCAGAUGAACAUGAAGGCAUCGUGCUGUAUUCAAGUGUGUCCGACGGACAGUUAUCAAUAUUUCGUUAUGUUUCAAUGUGCGGGGAGAUAAAAUAUGAACAUGGAAGGAGAUUCAUUAAGGAAAAACAACUGUCCAACAGGCCGAUUAGACUUUUUUUUUUUUUAAAUCAAAUCAAUUUGUAUUUAUUAUUAUUUUUUUUAAAUCAAAAUUGGUUUCAUAGUGAAGUGUGUCAUGUGGUUUGACCGUUAAAACAGUUCAAGGCCACGCAUUGGAUUUGGGUUUCUGUAUUUCAUAUCUCCCCCUCCAUGAGCAAGCUGUACAGUAAAAGAUCCUUGCAGGAGAGGACUUGUAUCAUAAGAAAAGAACUCAAUCUGAGUUGAUGUUUUUUGACUUCCUCCUCCUUCUGUGUAAAUUCUGUGUAUGAAAGUGUCCAAAAACAAAACCCUACGGCUUCAUAUAUGAAGUCACUCAUUUGAAAAAGAAAUCUUGUACAGCUCCCGAGUGUACUGUUCCUCUUAAUUCUGGUGUUUGUAUCACAUGUAGAUAAAUGUCCAAUGUAACUACUAUUUGACUUCCUAAUUGCUUUCUUUCCUGUGACAGUAUAGAAUGCUUAACACAAGUGUAAAAAAGCUUAAAGGGGAAGUGAAGUCAAAUAUUUUCUUUGAAUACGCUAUGUGUGACUCUACUAGUCUGAAUACCGUAAUCUUUAUCCAUCUCACGGGGGCGGCCAUUUCGCCUUGGUUGAAGUGGGCAUUGGUCGUGAUGAAUUACGAUGAUGUUAAGCUUUUUUACAUUAAGCAUUUUAGACUGUCCCAUUUUUACUUCUCAAGUUUGUUCUAAAGGAGCCCUGUGCUGUGUAUACUGUAAGUACAAAUGUUAUU